CUGUACUCACGGUCUCACCCACUCCCUCACCCUCUCAGCUCCCUCACACCUCCCUCACUGUCUCGUCCAGGAUCUCAUCCACCCUCCCCGCCGGCGUGCUCCUGCCACAGCCCCCACUCACCCUUUGAUUCGGGGCGUGCCGCCGUCGUCGACUUGACCGGCCGGCGCAACCGUCGAUUCCGCCGGCUCGACCGUCCAGGAGCUCCGUCGCGUCCUCCAGAGCUCCGUCCCGACUUCCCGGUCUCGGUCCUCGGCAGCCUCCCUCCUGUUUCCUAUCCCCCGGUCUCCUCCAGUACACCCUGCGCCGCCGGCCCAUCGGUCAGAGCAGGGGGCGCUGUCGGUCCGCGCCGAUCUGUUCGUCGACCUCGCGCCGCCACCGGUGUUGAUUGACUCGUCAGCGCCUGUUGGUCUCGCCCUGGAGCAUGCCACAUGGCAGCUGGUGGAACGAGACGCCAUGACGGCGGUCAUGGUCGAGGAGCAGGAGAUAUUAAGUGUUAUGGCCAUCGUGAUAGAGCCCAUUGUUAGCGAAAACCGCCAUUUGGGUUUGAUUCAAGCACAUGCCGCAGCGUGCAAGUCUUGUUACUUAUUGCUUUUGGUAUGUUGGCAACAUCCAUCUGCAAGUUACGGAUUCACUACUCCACGAAGUCUUUCAAAGUAUCGGUCCAGUCAUUUUAACAUCUCUGUGGGGGAUCUUUGCCCAGAGGUCACGGAUGCUGCUUUGUUUGCUUUUUUUCUCGGCAUAUUCUACCUGCUCGUCGUCGACGCCUGGAGGGAACAAGGGCGAGCGGCACUGCUCGGGGUCUUGAGAAAGAAGGCAGUACACCAAACUCUCUGGAGGUAAUCGCAGCAGCUCUGGUGACGUUUUUUGGUGUACGUGGCAGCUCUGGAGAUAAUCAACGGUCUGGAAGUAAAAGCGGCAGCUCUGGUAACUUGGUGUACGAUGUUUUUUCUGGCAAUUAGCAGCCCUGGCGAUGGCUUCCCGCGAGGAAGAAGGCAGGUUUGAGCUUUUCUGGGGAUGGGGUGUAAUCGCGGCAGUGGAGAUUGGUUGUAAAGAUGGAGGUUUUCUGGGGAUUGGGUGUAAUCGCGAGAGAAUGACGUGAUUGAUUGAUGUUUCCAUUGAUUGGUUGUAAAGAUGGAAGUUUUCAA